AUGCCGCCCCGCGUCCCCGUAGAAUCCGACUUCGCCGACCUCCAGGCCACGGUCCCCCACAAACUACACUUCCCCUCGCCGCCCGAGUCGACAACGGCCCUGAUGCUCGUCUUCCACGGUCUAGGCGACACACAUACCAACUUCUCCGCCUUUGCGCCCUCCACCAACCUCCCCGGCGUCAUGGCCGUGACCGUGCGCGGGACGUCCCGUCUGCCCGACUCCCUGGGGCUGGGAAUCGAGGGCUUCCACUGGGGCGACGACCUGAUCAUCGAUCAGGCUACGGGCGAUCUGGACGACGACGCCGGUUUCGACAAGGCCGAGAAGGUCAUAAUGGACGAGGUUCUCGGGCGGGUCAUCAUCGGAGAGUGUGGGUGGGAGACGACCGACGUCCUCCUGUUUGGCUUCGGGCAGGGCGGGACGUUGGCGCUGGGACUGGCGGCGAAGCUGGCCGACCAGAACGGAAAAUUCAAGGGCGCCGUGUCUGUUGGAGGAUCGAUGCCGGCGUCCAUGGCUCCGAAAUCGGGCAAGAAGAGUGCUACAGAGGUGCUGGUCGUGCAGCUCGAGGAUGACGAGCCCGUCAAGAGGCAUUUUGACAAUGUGCGUGUCGCCAAUUGGGAUCGGAAGGGCGUAGAUAUGCCCCGCAACAGGGACGAGAUGGUGCCCAUAAUGAAGUUCUUCGCCGAGAGGUUGAAUAGCGGGUGGCCGGGGGACCAGGCUCAGGCUCAGGCUCAGGCUCAGACUCCAGCCCAGUAA